AUCCGGUCCUACAUGGAUCCGGUUGUACAAUUGGCUUCGACCUCCAUCUUUGACAUGCUUCAAAGGCCUGCCUGAUGAAGCUUCCGAAUCGCCAAGCGGGGACCCGAGUAACCAAAUAUCCAGCACCGCAUACCAGAGCACAAAUGUGGCCUGUCCGAUUGCCGUCCGAACAUUCCGUACAACCAGCUUCCCCCUCCCUUGGCUCCGUCACUUUUGACUUAUAUAGUCUAGUCGCUCAGACUUGGACCCUUGCUGCAGGAUGACAAGACGUCACUCAUCGUUGUCUCGGCUGAACUCCGAUUCUUCCUGGUUGUCGUCGUGAAAUGAGAUAAAGCCCCGUCUCUCCUUGCCCGCAAGUGGAGCGUGGAUCAAGAAACAACCAUCUUCUCCAAGUUCCCCCUCCUUUCCCCGCUGAAUAGAGAGAACAACCAUGCGUGCGCUUCCCACAACAGCCACCACGCUGUUGGGCGUAUUGUCCUUCCCCUCGGCGAGCAGAAGCCAAUAUGUUCGUGACCUGGGUGCUGAACAAUGGACACUCAGCAGUGCCGCGUUGAAUCGUACGGUGCCGGCCCAGUUUCCGUCUCAGGUACAUAUGGAUCUCUUGCGGGAGGGAAUAAUUGAUGAACCGUAUAAUGAUUUAAAUGAUUUCAAUCUGAGGUGGAUUGCGGAUGCCAAUUGGACGUACACCAGCGGGAAGAUUGAAGGCUUAGGGGAGGACUAUGAUUCCACGUGGCUGGUGUUCGACGGGCUGGACACGUUCACCUCGAUCUCGUUCUGCGAACAAUUCGUCGGGGCAACGGAUAAUCAGUUUCGACAGUACAUGUUUGAUGUCUCUUCCAUUCUUAAAGACUGCCCUGAGGAACCGACUUUGAGUAUUCAGUUUGGCAGUGCGCCGAAUAUUGUGGAUGCCAUUGCACGAGACCCGAGUUCGCCGACAUGGCCCGAGGGAGUCCAAAUCACCUACGAGUAUCCUAACCGGUGGUUCAUGCGCAAGGAACAGUCGGAUUUCGGCUGGGACUGGGGUCCGGCAUUUGCGCCGGCUGGACCUUGGAAGCCCGGAUACGUGGUUCAGUUGAAACAGGCGGCCCCGGUGUAUGUCCGCAACACGGAUCUAGAUAUCUACCGGCUGGGACAAAUCAAUUACCUCCCGCCUGAUCAGACCCAGCCGUGGGUGGUUAAUGUCAGUCUGGACUAUCUGGGCUCUCUGCCACAGAACCCGUCUAUGGCGAUUGAGGUGAAAGAUCUACAGUCCGGAGAGAUUCUUGCUUCACGGCCACUGACGAACAUCACUGUCACCGAGGGCUCGGUCACGGGCGUCACGGUUCUGGAGGGAGUAGACCCGAAGUUGUGGUGGCCGCAGGGUCUGGGUGAUCAGAACCUCUAUAAUGUGACCAUUUCGGUUACCGAUGGGAGAAAUCAGUCUAUCGCUGAAGUCACGAAGCGAACUGGUUUCCGCACGAUCUUCCUCAAUCAGCGCAAUAUCACCGACGCUCAGCUAGCGCAAGGGAUCGCUCCCGGGGCGAAUUGGCACUUCGAAGUCAAUGGACAUGAAUUCUAUGCUAAGGGAUCGAACCUGAUUCCACCAGACUGCUUCUGGACUCGAGUUACCGAGGACACGAUGACUCGACUGUUCGAUGCAGUCGUGGCUGGCAACCAGAACAUGCUCCGCGUCUGGUCCUCUGGAGCUUACCUUCACGACUAUAUCUAUGACCUGGCGGACGAGAAGGGAAUUCUUCUGUGGAGUGAAUUCCAGUUCAGCGACGCGCUGUACCCUACAGAUGACGCUUUCUUGGAGAACGUCGCUGCGGAGGUGGUUUACAACGUCCGACGAGUCAACCACCACCCAUCUCUGGCCCUAUGGGCCGGUGGCAAUGAGAUCGAAUCUCUGAUGCUGCUGCUUGUCGAGGCGGCCGAUCCAGACUCGUACCCUUUCUACGUGGGCGAGUACGAGAAGAUGUACAUCAGUCUCUUCCUGCCGCUCGUCUACGAGAACACGCGGUCCAUCUCUUACUCUCCCAGCAGCACCACCGAGGGCUACCUGGACAUCGACCUCUCCGCACCCGUCCCCAUGGCUGAGCGCUACAGCAACACCACGGAGGGCGAAUAUUACGGCGACACGGACCAUUACAACUACGACGCGAGCAUCGCCUUCGACUACGGCACCUACCCGGUGGGCCGGUUCGCCAACGAGUUCGGCUUCCACAGCAUGCCCAGCCUGCAGACUUGGCAGCAAGCCCUCACGGAUCCGGCCGAUCUGACCUUCAACAGCAGCGUGGUCAUGCUCCGCAACCACCACUACCCCGCCGGCGGCCUCAUGACCGACAACUACCACAACAACUCGCUCGGCAUGGGCGAGAUGACCCAGGGCGUGCUGGCCUACUACCCGACGCCCAACAUCCCGUCCGACCCCGUGGCCAACUUCAGCGCCUGGUGCCACGCGACCCAGCUCUUCCAGGCGGACCUCUACAAGUCGCAGAUCCAGUUCUACCGGCGGGGCAGCGGUCUGCCCGAGCGCCAGCUAGGGUCCCUGUACUGGCAGCUCGAGGACAUCUGGCAGGCGCCCUCGUGGGCGGGGAUCGAGUACGGCGGCCGCUGGAAGGUCCUCCACUACGUGGCGCGCGACAUCUACAAGCCCGUGAUCGUCUCGCCGUUCUGGAACUACACCACCGGCGCCCUGGAUAUCUACGUCACCUCGGACCUGUGGACGGCGGCCUCGGGGAGCGUCACCCUCACCUGGCGCGAUCUGUCGGGCAAGCCCAUCGCUUCGAACGGCGGCCUCCCCACCAAGCCGCUCCCCUUCCACGUCGGUGCGCUCAACUCCACGCGUCUGUAUCGGAUGAACAUGAAGCAGCAGCCCCUGCCGCGGCACGAGGAUGCCAUCCUGGCACUGGAGCUGACCGCGACGGGGUGCCUGCCGAACACCGACGAGGAAGUUAGCUUCACCCAUGAGCAGUGGUUCACGCCCGCGUUCCCGAAGGAUUUGGAUCUGGUUAAUCCCCGGGUCAGGGUUGAGUAUGAUGCGGCGUUGGGAAAGUUCGCGGUCGAGGCGACGGCCGGGGUGGCGCUGUAUACUUGGUUGGAGCACCCGGAGGGGGUGGUGGGGUACUUCGAGGAGAAUUCCUUUGUGGUGGUGCCGGGCCAGAAGAAGGUCGUGGGGUUUGUGGUGCAGGCGGAUGAGACGGACGGGGAGUGGGUGCAUGAUGUGACGGUCAGGAGUCUGUGGAAUCUAAAUGGGGGAGAAUAGAGGCGAGAGGAUUCUUCGUGGGAAUAGGAUCUAGUAGUCGGUAGGCGAUUGUGUAGUCUAGUGUAUAGAAUUGAAUAAAUGACAU